AUGGGUGUCCUCUUCGAAAAGCCUCCGGGAACUGAAGGCAAGGCAUGGCCUGCCAUUCUAAUCAGUGGAUUCGUCGCCUUUGGGGGUAUUCUGUUCGGGUACGACACCGGCACCAUCAGUGGCAUCCUCGCCAUGCCCUACUGGGCUGAGACCUUCUCAACCGGCUACCGCGACAGCACCGGCCAGCUCAAUGUCACCUCCAGCCAGUCUUCUGCCAUUGUGUCCAUCCUGUCCGCCGGGACAUUCUUCGGUGCACUCGGGGCCGCCCCGAUGGGCGACCUCAUCGGGCGUCGCUGGGGCAUUAUCGCAUCAAACGGCGUUUUUGUGCUUGGGGUUAUUCUCCAGACUAUUGCAACCUCUAUUCCACCGUUCCUUGCAGGCCGCUUCUUUGCUGGUCUCGGAGUUGGCCUUAUUUCUGCGCUGGUCCCCCUCUAUCAAUCUGAAACUGCGCCAAAGUGGGUGCGAGGUUUCAUCGUCGGAUCCUACCAAUUCGCCAUCACAAUUGGCCUUCUCCUCGCCUCAGUGGUCAACAACGCUACCCACAACCGCACAGACUCAGGCUCCUAUCGUAUCCCCAUUGCCGUGCAAUUCGCCUGGUCCAUAAUCCUCGUCGCCGGCAUGCUAAUCCUCCCGGAAACCCCACGGUAUCUAAUCAAGCGCGACAACAUCAAAGCCGCUGCGCGCAGCCUGUCGAAACUCCGCCGCCUCCCCGAGGACCACGAGGCUGUGUGCCAGGAGCUCGCCGAGAUUCAGGCCAACCACCAGUACGAAGUGAGUCUUGGCCAGUCUGGGUACAUCGACUGCUUCCGGGGCAAUCUGCUCAAGCGCCUUAUGACGGGGUGUCUGUUGCAGGCGCUGCAGCAGCUUAGCGGGAUCAACUUCAUCAUCUACUACGGGACGCAGUUUUUCAAGAACUCUGGGAUCCGCAAUGAGUUUGUCAUUACGCUCGUCAUCAACUGUGUCAAUGUUGGGUCGACGAUCCCCGGUCUCUACGCGAUAGACAAGUGGGGUCGACGGCCGGUUCUGCUUACGGGCGCUAUUGGCAUGGCUGUGUCCCAGUUGAUUGUUGCAGUUCUGGGUACGACAACGACAGGCCAGGAUGGCCAGGGAAACAUAAUCGUGCAUGAUGCGGCGGCGCAAAAGGCCGCGAUUGCGUUUAUUUGCAUCUACAUCUUCUUCUUCGCAGCAUCCUGGGGUCCAAUUGCCUGGGUGGUAACCGGGGAAAUCUUCCCGCUCAAGACACGCGCAAAAUCCCUCUCCAUGACCACCGCCACAAACUGGCUGCUCAACUGGGCGCUGAGCUUCUCAACCCCGUACCUGGUCAACUACGGGCCCGGAAACGCAAACCUGCAGUCCAAGAUCUUCUUCAUCUGGUUCGCGUGCUGCUUCCUGUGUAUCGGGUUUGUGUACUUUAUGAUCUACGAGACCAAAGGGUUGACGCUGGAGGAGGUGGAUGAGUUGUAUAACGAGAUUGGCAGUGCGCGGGAGAGUGUCGGGUGGAAGCCACGCGUUACAUUUAUGGAGAUGAGGGCCAAGGAGGCAGGGUUGGUGGGGGCUGAGGAUAAAGGGGGUAUUGCUGGGGAGCAUCGCGAGGUUAAGGGGGCUUGA